UAUUCCAGGUCCAAUGCGGGGUUAUUUCAGUAAAGACGCAUGGCAGUAGAAGUAGCUAGGUUUUCCUCCCACUUACACGCACUUGUCUUUUGUCUCAUUUCUGUGGAGGAGAGAAGCAGCAAUUGUAGCUGCAUCUUCUAUCAGAUCAUUGCUGAUACUUGCUUGGUGUUGUGGUCCUUGAGUACGAAGAAAAUGAGCAAGAAGAACCCAUUAGUGUUUUUGGACGUAUCUAUCGAUGGAGAUCCCGCUGAAAAGAUGGUUUUUGAGCUUUUCUCUGACAUUGCUCCCAAGACUGCAGAAAAUUUCCGUGCACUCUGUACAGGGGAGAAGGGAAUCGGUCCUAAGAGUGGAAAAACCCUACACUACAAAGGAUCGUUUUUUCAUCGUGUUAUCAAAGGAUCGAUGGCUCAGGGUGGCGAUUUCAUGAAACGAGAUGGGAGUUUUGGAGAGAGCAUAUACGGCGAAAAGUUUCCAGAUGAGUCGCCAUCCAAGCUAAAGCAUGAUGAGCGUGGUCUUCUAUCAAUGGCAGUGGCAGAUCGUGAUGCACGUGGUUCGUUAUUCAUAAUCACCUUCAAGCCUAAUCCUCAUCUUGACAGGAAGUGUAUAGUGUUUGGGAAACUCGUGCAAGGGUCUGAAGUUCUGAAGAAGAUUGAGAAUGUGGGAGAUGAAGACGGGAACGGGAUACCUGCUGUCACUGUGAAGAUCAUCAAUUGUGGUGAAUUCCAUGAUGAGAAAAAGAAAGCCAAUAAAUUGAAAAUGGGAAAGGAUGCUUCUUCGGAGGCUAAUAGUCUUGAAGCUCGUCGCAGAGGAAAGCACAAGAAAUCUUCAAGAGAGAGAAGGAAAAAGAGGAGAAGAUAUUAUACAUCUGAGUCAGAUACUUCUUCAGAUAGUGAGACAGAAUCAUCAGAAUCUGAUAGUGAUUCUGACUCAUAUCUCUCGUCAUCGUCUGACUUGAGUUCUUCAAGUGAUGACAGGCGAAAGAAGAGAAAGCGAUCUUCUAAGAGGGACAGAUAUAAACGUGGAAAGAAGAGAGACAAACGACGUGAAAAAAAGAGGCGGCGGCGCGAUAAGAGAUCAAAGCGCAGGUCAAGAAGAACAUCUGAUAGUCUUACUGAUACUGAGAGUGAGGGCAAAAGUGGAAGUAGCUCAGAUGAUCAUGGUGCUGGCGUGAGGGGCCCAGAUGGGAAGCAUAAUAACCAUGGUGAGAUAACUGUUGGAGAUCAGGCUACUUCGGUUGAGGAGAGAGCUGUUCCUAUUCCUCUUAAAAAUGGAGAAGCGACUAGUAUACUUGAAAGGGAAGAGGGUGAAUACCCGAAGGAAAAUGGAGAGCGGCGAAGCAAUGGAGUAGAAUUGCAUAUUAAGUCCAAUAGAAGUGCAGAUGGACCUGAUGUAGUGUACAAUCACCAAGGAAACUCAAGGAGCCGAAGCAUUACUCCGAAAAGGGCCAUGAGCAAGAGUAUGAGUAUUAGUCCCAAGAGGAGUUUGAGCAAGAGCCCGAGUGUGAGCCCUAGACAGCGUGUCAGCAGGAGUCCUACUGUUGAUAAAAGCCCUCCAGUCUCAGGGAGAAGCAGGAGUAUCAGCAGAAGCCCAGUUAGAAGCGGCAGUAGCAGAAGCCCAUUAAGAAGUGUUAGCAGAAGUCCAGUGAAAAGCAUUAGGAGGACUCCCACAGCAUCUCCACAAAGAAUCUCAUCGAGGAAGUCGUCACGAAAGUCAGUGAGCAGAAGCCCUGUAAGAGUUGUGAAAAGUGUGAGCAGAAGCCCAGUUAGGUCUUAUCGAAGAAGUGUGAGCAGAAGCUCUGGUAGGGCUCCUUCCCGGAGAAGCCCUAGCAGGAGUCCAAUUAGGCCACUGGCAAGAAAUAAUCGUCGCAGCCCUUCAAGGAGUCCUGUAAAUGGAGGACGCAGGGCAAGGUCUCCUAUGUCUGAUCGUGGAAGGAGCUCAUCCAGAAGUGCUACUCCAAAUGGGUCUCCCAAGCGUAUCAGAAGGGGGAGGGGAUUCAGUCAGCGAUACUCUUAUGCACGUAGAUACAGAACCCCUUCUCAGUCCCCUGUGAGGUCCCACCGUUAUGGUGGUAGAGGAGAUCGCGACAGAUAUUACAGGAGAUCCCCUAGGCGUUACAGGAGCCCACCCAGAGUGAGAACUCCUCCAAGGUACAGAGGCAGAAGAAGCAGGACCCGGAGCCCUGUAUCUCGGAGCCCAGUCCGUUACCGAGACCGCCGUUACAGCCGCAGUCCCAUUCACAGUCCCUCUCCUGUUGAGACAUCUAGGUUCCGUGAUUCCCCACCACCACGUGCUGAAAGGCGGAGGUCACCUUCUCACAGCCGGAGCUCGUCUGUGUCGAAAUCUUCCCUUGACUCCCCAUCGCCCAAACGGGCUACCAAAGAAAAGUCAAGGUCAUCUUCUGGGAGUCCCCAAGGGAAGAAGGGCUUGGUCUCUUACGGAGACGGCUCUCCGGACUCUGGUCAGAGGUAAGGACGUGUUUGGUGAUAGUAAUGAAUAUUGCGGUUGGACUUGUCAAAGCUUUGGCAUGAGCGUUGUGAUUUGCUCUUCCUAUGUUUUUCUUAUAUGAACUUAUGAUGUUUAAAAGUUCAAGAGUGAUUGAUGUGACUUGGAGAACUCCAUAGUUUCAGUACGACUUUCAUUGGACGUUAAUUUAGAGAUGUAUGGCGAAUAAUGGAUGUUGCGUUCUAUUUAGGUGCUUGUGCCGUAUUUGUUCUUCCGCA